ACACCUUUGCUCUUGUAGGGAAGGUUCAGGAAGAAAUCGACCAAGUGAUCGGGUCGGAGCGAUCGCCCAGAAUGGAAGACCGUAAUCACAUGCCCUACACGUACGCGGUCAUUCACGAGGUCCAACGGUUUGCCAACAUCGCCCCGCUGGGCAUCCCCAGGUCCACCACCGUUGACCUUAACUUUCAAGGCUACUUCCUCCCUAAGGGAACCUACGUAAUUCCUUUACUGGCCUCCGUGCUCUACGAUAAAUCCCAAUGGGAGACGCCGGACGAGUUCAACCCAGGACACUUCUUGGACGCUGCCGGAAAGUUUGUGAAGAGGGACGCCUUCAUCCCCUUCUCCAUAGGUCGCAGAGUCUGCCCUGGGGAGACGUUGGCCAAGGUGGAGCUGUUCCUGUUCUUCGUUACGUUGCUCCAGAAGUUUGACUUGCUCGUUCCACCCGGAGGAACCGAACUCGAUCUCACGCCGGUGGUGGGUGGAAUAUUGAGCCCCAAACCACACCAGUUGUGCGCCGUACCUCACCAACAGCCUUGCUGACCGGAUGCCAAGCCCCCCGGUGCAAAGACUAUUGGGGUUUUAAGUGCGGCCAAAAUGAGUUUUCUCCCCACAGAUGUGUCGCUGUCUGGAUGCUGACUAUAAACCUCUGUACCACUGA